GUCACCAGUGUUACGUCACAUCUGCUCGGCGCUUGUUUAACGUGGCGAUAUAUAUAAGUAAGCAAUCCUGUAUGUCCAUAAUCGUUAGGUAGAAUGCGCCUGAGAAGGAAGCAAUGGCCAUACCAGAAUAGAGGGAGAGAAUAUUCAUUAUGCAACUAAUUUAACAAAACUAUGUUAUUCUGGUUGCGGACGUCGUAUUUUCUUGUUUCUUAUAUUCUUAUUCUGGUUAAUGUUGCUUUUUUGCCUAUGGGAUGUAGGUUAUUCUAUCUCAUUUGAUUUUUUGAAAUUUAUUAGUAGAGUAGUACAUACUUAGUACACCACGUGUGUUUUUAUUGAGAUUUUUUGAAUAUACAAUGUCUUUAGAGGAAGAUUGUCCACCACUAGUUGAUUCCUGCUCGGGGGACCUCAACACUUGCGAAGAUGACUCUGAUGGAUGGGAUGAAAUGGAAGUGAGUGGAGAACAGACUACUUGUCUGUUUUGCACUUUGCAGUUUCAUACUAUAGCUGUUGCACUAGAUCAUUGUCGAUCAGAGCAUAACUUUGAUCUACUCUCAUUGAAGAACAAAUACAAUAUGGACUGUUACUCUUAUAUCAAAAUGAUUAAUUACAUACGGUUGCAAAAACCUGACCCCAAAAUUUUAACCGAAUCAUCUGUUGCUUUGUGGGAUGACGAAGCGUAUUUGAAACCAGGAGAGAUGGAAACUUGGUUAAUGUAUGAUUUUGAUGAUCUAGGAAGUGCACCCUCUACUCCUCACUAUGCAAUAGAUGGAAAAACUCCUAUUAGCAAUAUCAACUUCUCAGAUUUACAAAGGCAGAUUCAAGAACUCACUAUGCAGGUCAAACAUAAAGAUAUGUUGCUUGAAAAUUAUUCCAAAGAUAUGGAGAAAAUGAAAGAAGUUACUAGGGUAAUAGUAGAAUCUGGUGAUGUGAUGAACAGAAGGAUUCCACAUAAUGUUGCUUCAGCGGGCUGUGACAGCAGCGAUUACUUCAACUCCUAUUCUCAUUUUGCGAUUCAUCAUGACAUGUUGAAUGAUAAAGUUCGAACAGAAAGUUACCGGAAUGCAAUAUUGACUAAUAAAAAUUUAUUUCUUGGGAAAUCAGUGUUGGAUGUUGGAUGUGGCACAGGAAUUUUGUCAAUGUUUUCAGCUAAGGCAGGUGCUGAAAGAGUUUAUGGAGUGGAUCAAUCUGAAGUGUUAUAUAAAGCAAUGGACAUUGUCAGAGAGAACAAUUUGCAAGACAAAAUUCAUCUGAUAAAAGGGCAGCUGGAACGAAUAGAACUUCCUGUAGAGAAAGUAGAUAUAAUUGUGUCUGAAUGGAUGGGCUAUUUUUUACUCUUUGAGGGUAUGCUUGAUAGUUUUAUUUAUGCUAGAGAUGCUUUUUUGAAACCAGGAGGUCUUAUUUUACCCAACAGAUGUAACAUUACCAUAAUAGGGGUAUGUGAUGAAGACAAAUACAAUAAGAUAAUCCAUUUUUGGGACGACGUUUAUGGUUUCUCAAUGAAAUGUAUGAAAAAAGAAGUGCUUAAAGAAGCUUUCAUCGAAACAAUACCCCCAGAAAAAGUACUCACAAAUCCCGUUGUCUUGACAGAAAUCGACCUGAAAACAUGUAAUGUGAAUGCUUGUAUAUUCAGUUCCAAAUUCACGUUCGAAGCAUUAAAUAAUGGUACACUCACUGCAAUAGCUGGAUAUUUUGAUACGUUCUUUGAUCUGGAAAACAACAUUCAGUUUUCAACAGGACCCCAUGCCCCUAAGACUCACUGGCAACAAACGGUAUUUUUCUUAUCAGAAACUAUACCAAUGCAAAAGGGGGACGUACUGGAUGGAACUCUCUCUUGUACUAGGCUGACGAAGAAUGUGCGAGGACUCGCAGUGACGAUCACAAUAGGAAAAAAUAAGUACCAGUAUAUCUUGGAUUAACAAAUGCUUCAUUUCAAAGUUUUUGUAUUUUAUUGUAAUUAAAUGAAAAGAAUAUUACAACUAGUA